AUUUGAAGUACAGAGACGACCGAAUUAUUGAUUAGUAAAAACAACUAUUUAAAGCAAUACAUUCAAAAUUCAGACAAUAGCCAUAUCACAUAUUUGGUAGAAGCAAAUAAGUUACAGUCCGACAACAUCAACAAACAGCUAGAAGAUCAAACUAAACUUAAAAAAUCAGUCGAAAACAAAAUAAAGUGCAAAUGAGAUAUAUCUCAUUUUCGUUUACCUUCAUAAGAGACAUAAUUAAUAUCGUAAGAACAAUACCAAUGUUAGCUCUUUAGUCUCUAUGUAGAAGACACCAAACCGGAGAAUAUUUACGCUUCCUGUAGCAGUCCCAAUGGAAUAUGUAGGUGCAAUCUGGCUCUGUGCAUUGAAUGGAUAGAUCAUCACUACAAGGCUCCCCACACUCGUUGCAUUUAGGAGGAUAAAAAUCUAUCUUCACCAAAGUGACAGGGUGUUCGUGAUCAUCAAUCCGGAAUGGUUUCCCGAGCUUGACAAAUGGGGAUCUCCAAAGCACACAAUUAAGAUGAGCAGAAACAUCGCAAUUGGCACAAUGAUAAAACCACCACUUUGGAUCUCUGGGGGGUAGCAGAAGAGAUAAGGGGUGGUAUUAUUUCACCCCGAUGGUAGCUAAUAAGGAGGGUAGGAUUUUAUUCACAACGGGUCCUUCAUCCAUUAAGGGAUGGAAGGAAAAAUUUUUUUUUGUAGAUGAUACUGAGUGGGGGAAGGGGGAUGCCGAGGUGAGGGCGUUAGCUUCCUGGAAGGCCAAAAGGGCCAACCAGAAUAGGUUUAGUUUAAAUAGGGAUGAAGAGGAAGAAGUGGGGAGGUUGGUGAGGAAGAAGGGGGAUGUAUUGAACAUUAUGGACCUCACCAGCGCAGCAUGCAUAGAGGCUGCUGAGCUUUAUGGGCCAAGCGCUCUGAGUGAAGCUGACAUGGAUCAAUUUUUGAGCACUGCUGGAAGGAAGGCCAUCCCCAAGAAGCCAAGGAAGAAGUCACGGACUUCAGCCAAGCAAGUGGAUGAGGGGAAGGUUGGGAAGGAGGUGGUACCCUUAGCAUCAACUGAGGUGGAGGAAGAGGUGCCACCGUUGAAGAGGAAGGGUUGGGAGGAGAGGAGAGCAGUGGAGAAGAGGCAGAAGGUGGGCCCUGUUACCUCGGCGGUGUCUCAGAGCAGCCUGUUCGAGGCGAAGAACAUGAUGGGGGCUAGAUGGUUUAUCAACAACACCUUCCCCGAAGUGGACAAACGCCACGCGCGAGAGGAGGCUCUGAGGUACGGAGGAGCUUCUGUGGUGAAGCACGUCCUUGAGAGCGCGAGCUGGGUGAAUGGUCUAGCCCAGGAGUUCAAGGAGGGUGUAAAGCCGCGCGCACUCUUGCAGAAGCAGUGUGACCAGCUGCAGAAGGAGAAGGAAGAGCUGGAGAAGAAGAAUAAGGAGAUGCAAAGAGUCUCUGAAUGAGGUGGUUCCAGGUAUGAAGCAGUUGGAACAGGAGAGGGCUUCCUUGGGCACCAAGCUCGGCUUUGAAGAGACCAAGCGAAAGAUCUCUGAAAACGAGCGUGAGGCUCUGGCGCAAGAGUUAAAGCUGACAAAGGAGGCUUU